AAAGCAAUGGUUAUUUUUUCCAAUAAAUAAUAUUUUUUAUAAGUUAAUAUGAAAUAUAAAUCAAUCAGGUGUAGUAUGAAUCAAGAUAGAUGAAAGGUGCAGAGUCUUAGGAAAUCUGAGCAGCAAAAAAAUUGUUUAAAUAAGAAGUUGUAUUUACUGAGGUUUUCUAAUGUUUCGGUCCUUGUCGAUCGCGUAGAUUUAGCGCCAACGGCUUGGCAAUGGCAUGCUUGCUAGCUUACUUUCAUUGAAGACAAAAUUGUUGGUUUUGUCGAUCUGUUCGUUUUUUUUUCUUGGUCUAAUUUUUACUUUCACUAAUUGAUUUGUUGUUUUAUAACCGGCCAUGAACGUUUCGCAAUGGAAGUUGCUCUUCUGUUUUUUUCUUUGACUCUGUAAUGUUAUUUGGACAGAUGCUGGAGCCGCUAUAUAAAUAUUCUCCGUAGUUAAAAGGAUUUUUGAGUUAAUCUUCAUGGUGGAGGAGAACGGUCAUCCCAUAAUGGAUGAGACCAGGCCGACGAAGGAACAGAAUGACUCUACCGCCAGUAGCAGCUCCAAUAUGAGCAAAGUAGAUAAGAAGAAAGUCGAAACCGUUCCAUUUCUUAAGCUUUUCUCGUUUGCGGAUUCUGUUGAUAUUUUGUUAAUGAUUGUCGGCACAAUUGGUGCUGUUGGCAAUGGAGUUUCUACGCCUCUUAUGACAUUGUUAUUAGGACAAAUGAUUGAUUCUUUUGGAAAAAACCAGACUGGCAAUGAGACGGUUCAUAUAGUUUCCAAGGUCUCUCUAAAAUAUGUCUACUUAGCAGCAGGAGCUGCGGCGGCUGCCUUUCUUCAGGUGGCCUGCUGGAUGGUAACAGGAGAAAGACAGGCAGCGCGAAUAAGGAGUUAUUAUCUCAAAACAAUACUUAGACAAGAUAUUACUUUUUUUGAUAAAGAAACGAGUACUGGAGAGGUUGUUGGCAGGAUGUCCGGUGAUACUGUUCUUAUACAAGAUGCAAUGGGCGAAAAGGUCGGAAAAUUCCUGCAGCUGAUGGCAACAUUCAUUGGGGGUUUUCUAAUAGCAUUUAUCAAAGGGUGGAAGCUUACACUUGUGAUGUUAGCUGCAAUUCCCCUGCUAGUGGCAGCUGGUGCCACUGUGUCCAUUAUCAUAUCCAGGAUGGCAAGUCGUGGACAAGAUGCUUAUGCAGAAGCAGCUACUGUUGUAGAGCAGACGAUUGGCUCUAUUAGAACUGUUGCAUCAUAUACUGGGGAGAAACGGGCCAUUAGUGUUUACAACAAGCAUCUCCAAACUGCUUAUAAAUCAGGUGUUCAUGAAGGCCUUGCUUCUGGAGUCGGUAUUGGCAUAGUAAUGUUGGUUAUAUUUAGUAGCUAUGGCAUGGCUGUUUGGUUUGGUGCGAAAAUGAUAUUGGAACAAGGAUAUACCGGAGGAGCAGUUAUUAAUGUGAUUGUUGCUGUGUUGACUGGUUCAAUGUCUCUGGGGCAGACAUCUCCUUGUAUGAGUGCAUUUGCUUCUGGUCGAGCUGCAGCAUAUAAAAUGUUUGAGACUAUUGAUAGAAAGCCUGAGAUAGAUCCUUAUAAUACGAAUGGAAGAGUAUUGGAUGACAUCCGUGGAGAUGUAGAGUUAAGGGAUGUAUAUUUCAGUUAUCCAGCAAGACCAGAAGAGGAGAUAUUUAGUGGAUUCUCUCUUUCUAUUCCAAGUGGCACAACUGCAGCUUUGGUUGGACAUAGUGGAAGUGGGAAAUCAACAGUAAUUAGUCUGAUAGAACGAUUUUAUGAUCCAAAAUCUGGCGAAGUUCUUAUAGACAACAUUAACCUCAAAGAAUUUCAACUUAAAUGGAUUAGAGAAAAAAUUGGUCUUGUUAGUCAGGAACCUGCGUUGUUUACAUCUAGCAUCAAGGAUAAUAUUGCAUAUGGGAAGGAUGGUGCUACUGUUGAAGAGAUAAAAGCCGCAGCUGAACUUGCCAAUGCUGCAAAAUUUAUUGAUAAACUACCCCAGGGAAUUGACACCAUGGUUGGUGAACAUGGAACUCAGCUUUCUGGUGGACAGAAGCAGAGGAUUGCAAUUGCAAGAGCAAUCCUGAAGGAUCCUCGAAUUUUACUUUUAGAUGAAGCUACAAGUGCACUUGAUGCAGAAUCUGAGAGGGUAGUGCAAGAGGCACUAGAUAGGAUUAUGGUCAACCGAACCACUGUUAUCGUUGCCCAUCGCUUAACUACUGUGAGGAACGCUGAUAUAAUUGCUGUCAUUCAUCGAGGAAAGAUGGUUGAAAAAGGCACGCACUCAGAACUACUUGAAGAUCCCGAUGGAGCAUAUUCUCAGCUGAUACGCUUACAGGAAAUAAAUAAAGAGACGGAACAGGCCGUACAUGAUUAUGGCAGAUCAGAAAUUUCUGUGGAAUCAUUUAGACAGUCAAGUCAAAGAAGGUCAUUGCGACGCUCCAUAAGUCGAGGAUCAUCAAGAAAUAGCAGUCACCACUCGCUGUCACUGUCUUGCGGUUUACCUACAGAACUCGGUGGUCCUAAUGUUGACCUGGAGGAGCUAGAAGAUUUUCAAUCAAAAGAAAAACUUCCAGAGGUCCCAAUCCGCCGCCUCGCCUAUCUUAACAAGCCAGAACUCCCAGUUCUUAUACUUGGUACUAUUGCUGCAUGUAUCAAUGGUACAAUACUUCCAAUUUAUGGUACACUAAUUUCAAAAGCAAUCAAAACUUUUUUUGAACCGCCUCAUGAACUGAGAAAGGAUUCAAAAUUCUGGGCACUAAUGUUUAUGACACUUGGUCUGGCAUCAUUUGUGGUGCAUCCAAUUAGAACUUACUUCUUUUCUGUAGCUGGGUCUAAGUUAAUCCAAAGGAUUAGAUCUCUCUGUUUUGAAAAGGUGGUUCACAUGGAGAUUGGUUGGUUUGAUGAGCUUUCAUCAGAUGCAGCAAUAGUGCGAGCCCUGGUUGGAGAUGCACUAGCUCAGAUGGUUCAAAACAUUGCAACAGCAGUAGCUGCUCUGGUCAUUGCUUUCACUGCAAGUUGGCAACUAGCAUUCAUUAUACUUGCACUCGUUCCUCUUAUGGGUGUCAAUGGAAUUAUUCAAAUAAAGUUCAUGAAAGGAUUCAGUGCAGAUGCAAAGAUGAUGUACGAGGAAGCAAGCCAAGUUGCUAACGAUGCAGUUGGUAGUAUAAGAACGGUUGCUUCUUUCUGUGCGGAAGAGAAGGUGAUGCAACUUUAUGAGAAGAAAUGCGAGGGUCCCAAGAGGACGGGAGUUAGGCUAGGGUUGAUCAGUGGCAUAGGAUUUGGAGCGUCAUCCUUCUUUUUGUUCUGUUUCUAUGCGACUAGCUUCUACGCGGGAGCUCGAUUAGUUGAGGGUGGCCACAUAACCUUUGCAGAUGUUUUUCAGGUUUUCUUUGCUUUGUCUAUGGCAGCUAUGGGAAUUUCACAGUCAAGUUCCAUGGGUACUGAUUCCAUCAAGGCAAAGGCUGCAGCUGCUUCUGUGUUUGCAAUCAUAGAUAGGAAGUCAACUAUAGAUUCUAGUGAUGAAUCAGGAACAACACUAGAAAAUGUGAAGGGAGAAAUUGAGCUUCAUCAUGUAAGUUUCAAGUAUCCAUCUAGGCCAGAUAGUCAGAUUUUCCGGGACCUCAGUUUGACUAUUCGUUCUGGAAAGACUGUUGCCCUAGUUGGAGAGAGUGGGAGUGGUAAAUCAACGGUAGUUGCAUUGCUGCAAAGGUUUUACAAUCCAGAUUCAGGUCAUAUCACACUUGAUGGAAUAGAAAUUCAAAAGCUCCAAUUGAAGUGGCUAAGACAACAAAUGGGGCUUGUGAGCCAAGAGCCUGUUUUGUUCAACGAAACAAUUCGUUCCAACAUUGCAUAUGGAAAGGAAGGAAACGCAACUGAGGCAGAGAUUAUAGGUGCAGCAGAGUUGGCCAAUGCCCACAAGUUCAUCAGUAGCUUACAACAGGGCUAUGAAACUGUGGUAGGGGAACGAGGAGUACAGUUAUCCGGGGGACAGAAGCAAAGAGUGGCCAUAGCUCGUGCCAUCAUGAAGAAUCCAAAGAUAUUACUGUUAGAUGAAGCUACAAGUGCAUUAGAUGCAGAAUCUGAAAGAGUGGUUCAAGAUGCACUAGACCGAGUGAUGGUGAACAGGACUACGGUGGUGGUAGCUCACCGGCUAUCAACAAUCAAGAAUGCAGAUGUUAUUGCAGUGGUCAAGAAUGGAGUUAUAGUUGAGAAAGGAAGGCAUGAAACUCUUAUCAACAUCAAAGAUGGUUUCUAUGCUUCCUUAGUCGCACUUCACAUAAGUGCUAAAACUGGAUAACCCAUACUUCCAUGUUUUUAUUCAUAGUAUAGGCUAGACUGGAUUUUAAAUGAAACACGUAAAUGAAAAAUGCAUAAAAGCAAACUGAAGCAAAGCAAAUUUAAGAAAA